AUGAUAUCUCCCACCCAAAGCCCUCGAAACCCGCCACCACCGAAAACCAUGUCCCAAAUCAAAUCAGAAGAGCAACCAGCAAGCCCUCGAAAAAUCGUGCCUCUCAAGAAGAUCCGUCUUUCACCUGACGGAGAGCACGCAGUCAAAAAACAGAAGAUGGAAUGGGAAACCGUCCAACCUACAGACAAGAUGAAAACUGAGAUGAAUGAAAAUGACAUAAACCGUCCAUCCUCAGCUCCCGCCUCAGAUCCAGUCUCCCCACUUUGCAAGAUGCCAAAGAAGAGAAUCAAAACUGGUGAGGAGACAGCACAAGAUGAAGUCCCUGAAUUUCAGCCAAAUCAUAACACGAAAGUGCUGCAUUGGAUUCAAGAUCCCAAAAAUCAGCACAUCCCCACUCCUGUCUUGCCUAAGCAUGAGGGUUCCUCUUCACCAUCUACACUUUCCUUGGGCGAAUAUAGAGAGGUUCCUGUGGAACGGGAGGAGGGACGUCUUCCAAGUGUAGGGCCUAAAUUGGAUCAAGGUAAAAUUAUAGAACUUGCCUUGGAAAUCCACCAAGCUCGUCGUGUAAUUCAGAGUGGAUAAGCGAAAAGAGCACAGAGAUCCUUGAGAAGCAAGAACGUCCUCAAAAACCACAUCGUUCCGAGAAAACAACAGAUAAAGCAGCUUCUAUCACAAAGCUUCACUUCUCAGAAAAGGCGUUGGCAUGCAGAUCACCACCUGGCACGAGAACUUUCUCAGUAGCGACGUCACCUGCUCAAUUACUCUCCACGACAUGUUCUGCAACGCGUGCAGACUUAAUUACUUCAGAGCAGACUUUCGUAAUAGACGGCAAAGCCUUCUGGGUUAAGUUAGUCAGAAGACCCUCUAGAGAUACUUACACUUCAGAAAAGCCGAACCACUCAAAUACAAACGCCAUGUGGAAAAAGUCAUUCAUAAAGUUACAAGAGAGACUCGGCAAGAAAAUGUCCAGAUGGAUGGAGGAAAUGGUUGCGAAGCUUAAAAGAUCCGAACUCGCACUGGACUACGAAGGAGAUGGAACUCCGAAAUACACGUGUGGAUGUGGGUAUCCUUGCUAUCAGGUCAGGGAGAAAUACGGUAUUACCACGCCUCCACUUACUAGCUCUGAAGAUUGGAUUCCACUUGCUAGCUCCGAACCUGGAUUAUCGGAUUCGCCGCUCCCUUCCAGUGAUUCGUCGUCUUCUGGAUCUGCGGGCUCGAUUUUGGAUUAUGUAUCUGACAACGAGGAGUCUGAUUCAGAAGAGAGCUUCGUGACUGGAAGUGAGGAGGAAUCGGAGGGGAGUGAUUGUGAUGAUGAGAGCUUGGUGGAUGAGGAAAUGAGUGAGAGUGUCGUUAGCGAGCUGGAGAGUCUUCUGGAGGCGGGGGAUCUUGAUGUUAUUGAUGGAAUUGCUUGGAUGAACGACUCUUCUGGGUCAAUGUAUCCGGACUCGAUGAUUAUGAGCUCAGGAGAAGAAAGUGGGUAA